UAGACACCAAUAUUCAAGAAAAACCAUAGAACGACAACAUGGCAUGGGUUUGGACAACGCUUGCUGUAUUUGCAGCUUUGUCUCUCAUUCAUGGCCUUAUGAAGAAGAUGAAUGGCAAGAAAUUGGCACCAGGUCCAAGAGGGCUUCCCAUUUUGGGACAUCUUCACUUGAUUGGUAAAAAUCCCCAUCAGGAUUUGAACAAGCUAGCCAAACAGUACGGUCCGAUAAUGCAUUUGCGAUUUGGGUUCGUUGACAAUAUCGUUGUUUCAUCUCCUCAGGCUGCAGAGCUCUUCCUCAAGACUCACGAUCUUGUUUUCGCGAGCAGACCGCCUAACGAAGCAGCUAAGUACAUCUCUUAUGACCAAAAGAAUUUGAGCUUUAGCCAAUAUGGGCCUUAUUGGCGCAACAUGCGCAAGUUGUGCACAUUGCAGUUGCUUAGUAAUCUUAAGAUCAACUCGUUUCAAGCCAUGAGAAGAGAAGAAUUGUGUUGUCUUAUUGAGUCACUCAAGCAAGCGGCUCUGGAUGGUGUGGCUGUUGAUUUGAGUGCAAAAGUUUCCGACUUAGCUGCAGACAUGACCUGCAGGAUGGUGUUUGGGAAGAAGUAUGAGAUUAAGGACAUUGAUGAGAGGGGUUUCAAAGGCGCGAUUAAAGAAGGUAUGCAGCUAGCAGUUAAACCAAAUCUUGGGAAUUAUUUUCCUUAUUUGGGUAAGUUAGACCUUCAAGGAUUCACUAGAAAAAUGAAGGCCAUUGCGAAAACCUUUGAUCGGUUCCUUGAGAGGAUCAUUGAUGACCAUGAACAGAGGGGAAGCAAUAGUGAAACAAAGGAUUUUGUUGAUAUUAUGUUGUCCAUCAUGAAGUCAGGGGAAACUGAAUUUCAGCUCAGUCGCGAACAUGUCAAAACUACUUUAUUGGAUCUGCUUGGAGCAUCAAUAGACACUUCGGCAACCGUGAUUGAUUGGAUGAUGGCUGAACUCUUGAAACAUCCACAAAAAAUGAAAAAAGUUCAAGAGGAAUUAGACAACAAGGUUGGUUUGAAUAGGAUGGUGGAAGAGACAGAUUUAGACAGUCUAGAAUAUUUAGAAAUGGUCACAAAAGAAUCCCUUAGACUUCAUCCCGUGGCGCCAUUACUUAUUCCUCAUGAGGCAAGAGAGGAUUGCAUGGUUGAUGGCUUUUACAUACCUAGAAAAGCAACAAUCAUGGUAAAUGUUUGGGCAAUUGGACAUGACCAAAAUGUGUGGGCAAAUGCAGAGGAAUUCAUUCCAGAGAGGUUCGAAGGGAGUAAUAUAGAUUAUAAAGGGCGUGAUUUUGAACUCAUUCCUUUUGGCUCUGGUAGAAGAAGUUGUCCUGGUUUACAACUUGGAAUCACUGUGGUUCGAAUAGUGGUAGCACAACUAGUACACUGCUUUGAUUGGAAACUUCCAAAUGGUAUGUCAUCCAAAGAGUUGGACAUGACUGAAGAAUUUGGUCUUGUGGUGACUCGUGCUGAACAUUUGAUGGCUAUUCCUAAUUACCGAUUACAUAUUUAGGUAAAUGAGUGCUACCCUCUUUUAUAUAUAUAUAU